AUUUUUUCUCCAUCAGCUGACUGCUCAUAAGUUAGCUGGUCAGUUUAUGAACAUCUUAGCACAAACUAACCGUCAGCAUGAUAUUAUUCUGCCGACACUGCCAGUCAGCUCUCACUAGUUACCAGCAGUUCACUAAUUUUUAGACACGUAGCAGCUCACGAUGGUGGUUAUUUUCUAACCCGCUGUCAGUCGAGGGUGGGAGAGCGAACGUUAGCUUAACUAGCUUGAGCUACAUCGAGAAGCUAACAGGCUAAGCUAGCCGAUGUGAGGUGCAGCCAUGGAGGGGAUUCUGUACAAAUGGACGAAUUACAUGACAGGCUGGCAGCCACGCUGGUUUGUCCUAGAGAAUGGAGUCAUCUCUUAUUAUGACAGCGAGGAUGAUGUUGGUAAAGGAAGCAAAGGAUCUAUCAAGAUGUCCGUGUGUGACAUUAAAGUUCAUCCGACAGAUCCAACGCGUCUAGAGCUGAUAAUUCCUGGUGAGCAGCAUUUUUACGUUCGAGCUGUGAACGCUGCAGAGAGACAGAGGUGGCUGGUGGCUUUAGGCUCGUCCAAAGCUGGAACACUAGACAGUCACAAACACAAAGGUCCAGAUUGUCUGAAGACAAAAAUGUCUGAACUUCGUCUGUACUGCGAUCUCCUCGUCCAGCAGGUCCAAACGAUCCAAUCACAGCACACUGCUGACACAGAGGAAACGCCCACCUCUGAGGCCUCUCUCCUCAGUGCAACCUGUGCAACUUUCAUCAGGACUUUGGAAGAGUGUAUGACCCUCGCCAACCAGAGUUUGACCCCUGACCUCCGACCUCCUGAAAGGAUGAAGAGGUCAAUCAGUCACCCAGGUACAUACAGCUUUGACAGGUCAGGGGUACUUAAGGAGUACUUGAGUGGAGGUCAACGGUCAACUCAGCGCAGAAACCGGACAUGCUCAGACAGCUCUGUUUAUGAUACUGAACGUAAGACACGCACUGCCUUUUUUAGUAUUGUCAGUGGUGGAAAAGAACUCAGAGUAGAAGCAGCGAUACCCCAGUGUUUAGGCUAAAUACUCAGAAUAUAUGAAGGAGUCCUAAAGCUAAAUUUAAUACCUUUGAAGACCUUUUUCAUACAUCGCUCUUUUUGAGUUCUAACUGGUUACAUCAGUGAGGUUGCGGCCAAAAAGUCAAAGUGUAGUAGGGCAAAGUCAUAGUAUAUUAUGUCAUAAAAAUCUAAUCAAAAAAGUUCUAGUUCUAGUCAUGAAGAAAAAUCACAAUAUAGUAUGUCAUGAAAAGUCAUAGUAUACUAUGCCAUAAAAAAAUCAAGGAAAAUUCCUAGUACAGUAUGUCAUUUUAAAAAAUGAAAGUCAUACAGUAGUAUAGUAUAGUGUGUCAUGAAAAAAGCAGUACAGUAUGUCAUUAUGACAGGCCAUAGUCUAGUUUACCAAGAAAAAAUCCUAAAAAAAUUCAUUGUAUAGUAUUUCUUAAAAUUUAAAAAAAAAAAAGAUCAUAGUUUUGCUAAAAUUAUGUCAUGAAAAUUUUGUUAAUUUUGUUGACCCCCCAAAUCAUAAAACAUCAUAGUAUAAUAUGCCACAAAAUUUAUUAAAAACUUUACAGUAUUGUAUAUAUAGUAUAGUAAACUUUUUAAGACACUAAGUAAUAGUAUAUUUUGCCUAAAAAAAGUCAGUAUAGUUUGCCAUAAAAAAGCCGU